AUGCAUCCUGGUGGUCACUGGUUUCCAUCAAGAUGUCAAGCUGAGCAACGCAUUGCCAUUAUUAUUUGUUAUCGAAAUCGUGAGCAACAUUUUAAAAUGCUUCUCGGCAAUCUACAUCCAUUUCUUCAACAGCAACAACUCGAUUACACGAUAUUUCUUGUGAAUCAACAUGGGCAAGAAUCGUUUAAUCGAGGAGAACUAUUCAAUAUAGGCUUUAUUGAAGCACAAAAGUAUUAUCCAUUUACUUGCUUCAUCUUUCAUGAUGUUGACUUGUUACCAGAAGACAUAAGAAAUAUUUACACGUGUACCGAUCAACCUCGCCAUAUGUCUUCAGCGAUGGAUAAAUUUGAUUACAAACUAAUCUAUCCGAAAUUCUUCGGUGGUGUUACAGCUUUUAGCACUGAUGAUUUUCUUGGCACGAAUGGCUAUUCGAAUGUUUAUUGGGGUUGGGGUGGUGAAGACGAUGAUAUGUAUUCGCGUGUUGUUUACAAAUUGAAAAAAUCAAUAAUAAGAUAUCCUAUUGAAAUUGCUCGAUACAAAAUGAUCCUUUCAAAUAAGCACAUAUCGGCUCCAGUGAAUCCUCAUCGAUUCGAAAUACUUCAUUCACAAUACGACUUUGGACUUGAUGUGAGACCUAAACCUGGUGAUGGUAUUUGUGCAGAUGCAACAUGGGCUCGAAUAGGUACUACAGUCGCUGGUGGUAAUGGUGUUGGAGAUGGGCUCAACCAAUUGGAUCAACCUUUUGGACUUUUUGUUGACGAAAAUCAAACUGUUUAUGUUGCCGAUUUUGCAAACCAUCGUAUUGUCAAAUGGAUUCGUGAUGCGACUAGUGGGCAGUUAGUUGCCGGUGGAAAUGGAGCAGACGAUCACAGUAAUCAACUGUAUUAUCCGUCUGAUGUUGUCGUUGAACAAGAUGGAACUCUGUACAUAAGUGACAGUUAUAAUUUUCGCGUUCAAAAAUGGUUUCGAGACGCUCAAAGUGGACAAACAGUUAUAAAAAAAUAUUUCUGUUCAUGA